CAGCAAUCCAGGUGUUGGAUGUCCUGCAAAAUAACAUUUAACAGCCUGAUCCAAAAUAAUUAACCCUCUUGUGUUUUACAAAUCUUUCUAGGAGUAACCAUUAUUUUUGUAUGUAUACAGGGGAUGAAACCUUUUUCCUUCUCCAAUUUCAGGUUGAAGUGAUCCACGAUGCUGCUGCGAGUUGUCCUCUGUGAAACGGAUAUCAGACGCCUUUCCAUCUAAAACACCCCCCAGAGUGUUGAGGAACUGUGCGAGGUGUUGCGUGCAAACCUUUCCCUGAGAGGUGGGUUUAUUUUACAAUUUGAGGACCCUGCGUUCAAGGAUCAGCUGACCAACCUGACCGACAUCCGAGACCUUCCUGAGGAACGAGCAACAUUGAAAGUGUUGUUCACAGCUGAUGCAGCUCUCUCAGUUUCCACAUUGGAUACAGCCAGCCUUCCAUCUCUCAGUAGUGGGGAAUCUGACUCCCAGCAAUGGCCUGAUCCCUUCCCGAUUCCACAGUUCUCACAUGACGUUGAACUCACGCUGCAAGAAGCAAAUAGAAGAUAUGCAAAAGAUGGAUCUGUGAUGGUGAUUCCUAAAGGUAUGAAAACCGAUAUCCUGGACACACUUGCAGACAGCAUGUCAAAGAUUAGUCCUUAUCCUGAGAGGCAACACUACGAGAAUGUUGCAAAGGCGCUUGUGGAGAAGCAUCCCAGUCUCAAAGAGCCAGGUUCUGGAAAGGGUUGGUACGGCUGGUUCCACAGCCUGAAGUUUAAGCUCGGAAACUAUCGGCAGAAGUUAAGUGCAGCUGGAUGCCCAGAGGUGAGAGUCAACAAAAGAAUAGGAGAAGAUGCCAAGGGAUCACGUGUGAAGAAGUCAAAGAAGGGCGAGGUCCACUACUGUCCAGAUCCCCCUGAAGGACUGAGUGCUGAAGACAUGGAAGGGAAGCGGAGGAUGAUUGAGGUGGAAAUGCUGAAAAAGGACCUGGAUCAUCAACGGAUAGAGGAGCUGAUGUCUGCCACAUUCUCCAAGCGCAGAAAGGAGAUCGUAGGGGAUCAACCUCUCAUCGGGGAUGUCAUGACCAGAUGGCCGGCCAUGUUCUGUGAGAGACAGGUUCGGGCGGAGUUCAAAAGAAUCGUAAGCACAGACCUUCUUGAGUCAUUCCUCAACGGACUUGAUGACCUGGUACCAAGACUGCUUGAAGUGUACGAAGCUGUGACCAAGUCGGGGAAGAAGCCUGCACUGAAAGCCAUUUUAGACUGUGUGAAGAAAGAUAACACAAACGAAAGGAGAAGGACUGCUGCUCUACUGGGUCUGCCACACUACCUAUCCGAAGACCCAUCCGACAUCAUUAGGAUGUGUGAUGCCCAUGGUGAGAAUCUGGCUGCAGCCAUGAAGGGGAUGCAACUUGGCCUACUGAUAGGCUAUGAAGGUGACAACCAGGAUGCCUUUCCAGAGGUCUUCGAUGUGGCAGUUGUGGUUGAAGAAAACAUUGUGCUACACAACUUCAAGGAUGUGCCAUCCAGCUUCACCAUGCUUCUGGGGAUCAUCUACUGCGUUAACCUUGAGUAUCCACGAGCCAUGAAGUAUUCCUUUGAGUUCCUGCAGAAGGUAGUGAUGAAGAUCAAACCAGAUGAGGCCUCUGCCAGAGUCCACGGUGUCCGAAACAAGCUCCUGAGGUAUAAACUGUAA